GCGUUUCCAAAUUUGGGACUGAAUUUGCACCAAUUCCCUUCUCCCUUUUGCAGCGGCCAAGCCAGACAUAACGAAAGACAUGCAAGAAAACGGUACCUCCAAGGUUACCGUGCUCUAUUUCGCUGCUGCUCGGGAUAUCACUGGAAUUGCUUCUGAGACAUUCAGCGUACCCCAUUCUCUAGGAGAUCUAACCAGCAUUCUCACCACCAAAUACGGCGAAGAGCUUCGAAAAAUACUCGAUCACUCUCUUUAUGCUGUUAACAUGGAUUAUGUGGAAAAAGAUUUAGAGACAAACACGGUAUUAAAAGAUAGGGAUGAGGUUGCUAUCAUCCCGCCUGUCAGCGGAGGUUGACCGUACCUUUCCAAGCUGCUGCAUCAUGUAAAUUGAAUUAUAAACCAUUAAUGGGGAAAGACUGAGUGUAUUGUGCAAGAUAAUAAAAAAACGGGAAAAAACAAAGUAAAAAAUCU